AUGUCCUCUCAAGCUACAGAGACAACUCCAAAACAGUGGGGAUCUGCAGAAGCAACUGCAGGAGUAAGAGUCCAGCGAGAGUUUUGCUUACAGCGGUUUGCUGGCUCCGACGACAACAUCCGAUUCUAUACCAGAUUCCCGAGCUAUAACCACCUGAUGGCCUUCUGGUCUUUGAUUGAGCCUUCAAUUCAUAAAAUGGUUCGUGUUACAAGAGCGAUAUCAGCUGCCAAGAGGAAUGAAGAAGUGGUUACACACGCACGUCCAUCAACGAGACAGCUGCUUCAGCCAAUUGACGAGUUCUUUCUUUUUCUAUGCUUCCUGUCGGUGGGUUUGAAAGAGAGGGACCUUGCAAACCGCUUCAACGUACACCAGUCCACUGUGAGCCGCAUCAUUGCAACAUGGACAAGUUUUCUUACAACUUUAUUGGGGUCACAGUGCAUCUGGCUUACACCUGCAGAAGUUCAAGCCCACCUCCCAGAGGCAUUCAAAGAUUUCCCAGACACACAGGUGAUCCUGGAUUGCACAGAGCUGAAGGUGUCAAACACCAUCCUCACUCCUCCUCCAAACGACAAGGAGAUUUUCAAACAAUCUGGAAUAGCUGCGUUGUUGACUGAAAACAUGGCAGUGAUGGUAGAUAAGGGCUUCCUGAUCAGCGAUUGCUGCAAAUGCAAGGUGUACUGCCCACCUUUUCUGUCACAGCAGAAACAAAUGCCAGCCUAUCAGGUGAGGGAGACACAGGCCAUUGCCAGACUGAGGGUUCAUGUGGAGCGUGUCAUUAGGAGGAAUAAAAGAGAACAAGCUUUUUGA